CUAAAUCUUUUCGACAAGAGCAGUGUGAAGCAAGGAAUGGCUAUCAGUCUGAUGCAAAGGGUGUCAAGACGUUUGUUGAAUGGGUCCCCAAGUACGCCGGAGUGCUUCCUGGAGACGUUUGCAAGCUCACCUGCCGAGCCAAAGGAACUGGCUACUACGUUGUGUUUUCUCAGAAGGUGGCUGACGGCACCGAGUGCCGCCCGUACAGCAAUUCGGUGUGCGUGCGGGGCCGGUGCGUCCGCACGGGCUGCGACGGCAUCAUCGGCUCGAAGCUCCAGUACGACAAGUGCGGCGUGUGCGGAGGAGACAACUCCAGCUGCACGAAGGUCAUGGGAACCUACACCAAGAGGAGCAAGGGCUACACAGAUGUCGUGAAAAUCCCGGAGGGGGCAACUCACAUCAAAGUUCGGCAGUUCAAGACUAAGGACCAGAGCAGGUUCACUGCCUACCUGGCCCUGAAGAAGAAAAACGGUGAGUACCUUGUCAAUGGAAAAUACAUGAUCUCCACUUCUGAAACCAUCAUUGACAUCAACGGAACCGUCAUGAACUACAGCGGCUGGAGCCACAAAGACGACUUCCUGCACGCCAUGGGGCACUCUGCCACAAAAGAGGUCCUCAUCGUGCAGAUCCUCGCGACCGAUCCCGCGCAGCCGGUGGACGUGCGCUACAGUUUCUUCGUGCCGAAGAAGCACGGGCAAAUGGCAAACUCUGUUCCCAGCAGCGGCGGCGGCGGCAGCAAAGUAACUCCAGAGCUCACGCAGCCCCGCUGGGUCACGGGGCCGUGGCUCUCUUGCUCUCGAACGUGUGACACGGGAUGGCACACCAGGACUGUCCAGUGCAAAGACGGGCAUGGAAAGUUGGCUAAGGGAUGUCUUCUCUCUCAGAGACCGUCGGCAUUUAAACAGUGCUUGUUGAAAAAGUGUUAA